AUGGCGUCCGCCUUCUCCUCCGCCGUGGCUAGCCGUCCGACGAAGGCGCCGCCCCUCACCUGCUCGUGCUCCGCCGUUGCUGCCGUCGCUGGAAAGGGAGGAAGGCGCCGCCCCUCACGUGCUCGUGCUCCGCCGUCGCUGGAAAGGGAGGAGGAGGAACACGGAGACGCCGCCCAGGCCACGUCAGUGUGGCGCGCGGUGCGGCUCUUGACCGGCGCCCCCGCGGCCGUGAAGCAGGUGCGGCUGGCCGGCCUCCCCGACCGCCUCCGCGACAGCCUCGACUGCGAGCUCUGCUUCCUCGCCGCCGUUAGGCACCCCAACAUCAUCCGCCUCCUCGACGUCGUCCGGACUCCGGGCUGCAUCUACCUCGUCAUGGAGCUGUGCGAGGGGGGAGACCUGGCGACCUACAUCCAGCGCACCGGCGGCAGGGUGGAGGAGAGCGUCACCAGGAAUUUCAUGAGACAGAUUGGAGCUGGUUUGCAAGUGCUCCGCAGGCACCAUGUCGUCCACCGGGACCUGAAGCCUGAGAACAUCCGGCUCUCUUGUCCUGGCAGCGAUGCGAUAUCCGAUUUCGGCCUGUCCAGGGCCCUUCAUCCUGGGGAGUAUGCAGAGACAGCCUCCGGCACCCGUUUGUACAUGGCCCCCCAAGUCAUGCUAUUUCAGACGUAUCUGAACAUCUCCUGCGUGCAGGUAGACUUGUGGAGUAUCGGCGCGAUCCUCUUUGAUCUCUUGAAUGGCUACCCACCAUUCCAUGGUAGAAGCAAUGUGCAGAUGCUUCAAUGCAUAAACAGAACUAGUAGCUCCCUUCCAUUCUCACAACUCCUGGUACCCAGCUUGCAUCCUGAUUCCAUCGACAUAUGGAGGGGGGGGGGGGCGGUGGAAGCUGCUGAUGGGGAUGAUGGGACAAGGAGGGAAGAGAAAUGGAGCGGCGAAGUCCACACCAUGAUUUGGACGAGCAAGUCCCUCGAGGACGGCGGCCGUAGCGCUGUUGAGAGGCAAGCAAGGUGCGGAGCAACCAUCAGGUCCGCCAUCCCAGGCAUCGCCCCGAUCCAAUAUCCUAAGACGGACGGGCAUAGCUGGCGCGGGUGUACGAGGAGGCCACCUUACCUUUGUCCUAGCAAGAUGAACCAGUGUCCCCGCCGCAAUCGUACGUCGUAG